UGAUUGUGUAUGCAUCAGAAACAGACACUGCUGUUUUGCUAGUUUACUCUCAGUAUGGAGGUCAAAAGCACAAACCAAACAGAACCAUGCACUGAUUCCAAUUAUGAUAGGAAAGCUGAACUAAAAGCAUUUGAUGACUCAAAAGCUGGUGUUAAAGGUCUUGUAGAUUCUGGGGUGAAGAAGAUCCCACGCAUGUUCCAUUCUGGCAUUGACAUAACUGAGAACAUAGCCACAGACUCAAACCUGAGUGUUCCUGUCAUAGACCUUAGAGACAUACACAACAACCUGGCUCUGCGUGAAGCAGUUGUCACCAAAAUUCGAAGUGCAUGCCAUGAGUGGGGACUUUUCCAAGUGGUCAAUCAUGGAAUUCCAAUUAGUGAUAUGGAUGAGAUGAUUGAUGGAAUCCGAAGGUUUCAUGAACAAGAUACUGAUGUAAGGAAACAGUUUUACUCUAGAGAUUUGAAAAGCAAAAUUUUAUAUUAUUCCAAUACUAGCCUCUUCCUAGACAAAUUUGCUAACUGGAGAGAUACAGUUGGAUGUUCUAUGGCUCCUAAUCCACCCAAGCCAGAGGAAUUGCCUACAGUAUUUAGAGACAUAAUUAUUGAAUAUUCCAAGAAAAUAGUGAAACUGGGUUGUGCAAUUUUUGAGUUAUUGUCAGAGGCUCUUGGCCUUGAUCCAUCUUAUCUCAAAGAGUUGAAUUGUGCUGAAGGACUUUUCAUUCAGGGUCAUUACUAUCCACCUUGCCCUGAACCUGAAUUAACUUUGGGCACCUCCAAGCACACUGAUGUUGCCUUCUUGACAAUACUUCUACAAGACCAACUGGGUGGUCUUCAAUUUCUUCAUGAGAAUCAAUGGUUUAAUGUUCCUCCUGUGCACGGAGCACUUCUUGUAAAUGUAGGAGAUUUUCUGCAACUUAUAACGAAUGACAGAUUUGUGAGUGUUUAUCACCGGGUCUUAGCAAGUCAUGGAGGGCCAAGAGUUUCAGUAGCUAGCUUCUUUUCAGGUUCGCAAGAUCCAGAUAAAGCUAAAUCGAAGGUUUAUGGUCCAAUUAAGGAAUUAUUAUCAGAAGAUAACCCACCAAUCUAUAGAGACACCAGCAUAGGAGAGAUCAUGGCACACCAUUUUGCUAAGGGGCUUGAUGAGAACCACGCCUUGCUGCCUUUCAGAUUGUGAAAAUGAACAAAUUUCGACCUAUAACAGAACUUGAUAAUAUUUAUGAACACCAGAUUCUCAUGUAGGUGACUGUAAUGUGUUAUUUCUUAUGCUUUUUUGUGUAUUAAUUUUCCAUAACAUGUUAUGUUUGUAAAUCAGCAGUAUUUAGUAAUGUGAUCACAAUAAAAGUCUAUUUGGAAUUUUGGAUAUAAA